AUGUCCGCCGACACUUAUACUUUCUCUGGCGCGCUCACCCUAAAACGUGUGCAAACCCGCUCCGCCGCAGCCUGCGUGAGCUCGCUCAAGAUAUCCCCCCUUCCACACGAACUGCUGGCAGUGGGUGACACGAAAGGGGUCUUGACGAUUCACCGGCUGAACAGUAACCUGGAGAUAUUCCGCAAGAAGGCCGUAGGGCGUAGCCGCCAAUUGAUCGCCAUUAGAGCCCUGACAUGGAAUCCACAACAUCCGAAUGAGCUAUACGUUGGGUUUGCCAACGGGGAUCUCAUUUCUUACAGACUACGACUUGAUGUUGAUGCUACUGACUAUGAGGACCCAUCAUCAUUCCUUGCGUUCGAAGGGCCAAUUCAUGACCUCGUCAUCGCGCCAUCAGGAGCUGAACUUUUUGUUGUAUUUGGAACAUCGGUGGCGGUUGUCCGCGAAGGAACUCGGGCGCACUUGACUGUACCUCUAGAGUCUCGCCCCACUCGGCUUAUCUUGGAUAUGAACGUCAUCAUUGUAAUCUUUAUGGUCGCCGAGCCAGGGGUUUCGCCAGCAGCCAUUGCCUAUGACCUUCACUCGCAUGAAGUACGCUGGAGGUUGUUUACCUCCUGCCAUGAUAUGAUCCUUUCAGGAGCGAUUUCUCAUGAUCACCGACAUCCGAAGAUCACUAUUCUCCACGCCACGAAGGGCGCCGAAACAUAUACACUACCCAACCUCGACCACGUCUCCACCGUAUUUCCUGGACGGAGUUUCCCCUCGGUAGUCGAUAUUGCCUAUGUUGAUCACGAUACAUUUGUCUGCGGCAGCUCGAUCGGGGGUCUUCUCUUUGCGAACGUGAUUUCAGGUCAAACCUCUGAAAUUAGUGCGACAGUCAGAGCGACGUAUAUGCUCACCCGACUGGACGUUGCACGCUUGCGCGGGAGCCACACUCGCGUCGUAACCAUCGACGGCAAUUUAUUAUCCCCAUUUUGCGACGUGUUAGACUUCACAGAGACAGUGCUGCCGAGGUCCAGGUCCAGGUCCAACUGGACGUACAGUGCCCUCGCUUUGCUCGCCGCCAUGAGUAUCAUUUAUUUUCAAGCCAGCGAGGGAGGUGCCAUAGCCAUGUCGUCAUUGUCGGCGGCAAUCGGCGACCUAUCGUCCACAGUGUUCGGUUCACCGGAGCCUCCCACUCUGUCCCCCUCGGCGCUCAGCUCACCGGAGCUUCCUUUUCCCGAGUCGCCACCAGAGCCUAGCCCAUCAGCACCAGCAGAGCUUGAGGCCUCGGGAAGCGCUUCCUCAGAUGCAUUGUCGUCUUCACCAAUUAUCUCCCCAGACCCCCCUUCGUCGAGCGUGUUAGACCUCCCACCACCGAAUUCGCCAGCACCAGAACCAUCUUCGCAGGUACAAGACUCGCCUAGCCCGUCAGCAUCAGCAGAAUUUGAGGACGCGGGAAGUGCUUCCCCAGAUCCAUUGUCGUCUUCACCGAUUAUCUCCCCAGAGUCGAUCACGUUAGAUCUCCCACCGCCGAAUUCGCCAGCCUCGGCACCAGAACCGUCUUCGCAGCUACAAGGCUCGCCUAUGUCCAUCAGAUCAUCUGAUUACCAACCCAGGGAGCCGGGUCCUCCACCCAGCCAUGAAACAGAGUCAGAACUAGAUUCAUCACCUCCGUCUGGCAGUGACAGUGGCACCGGCCUUUCUGCACCUGCGUUGGACAACCCCGAGUACACGCAAUUGCCCCUGGUCCCAUCCGCUGACCAACACUCUGGGCAAGCAUCCCCACCUCGUGCACGUAGCGUUCCGCCUGAUCAUGCUGGGAACCCGGUCACCAUCGCCACACUUGCUCCUGCGGCCACGGUCACGAUUACUCGUGAUGUGCAGAUUGACAAGGCCAGUGUCGGUAGCGUUGGGGGGUUAGUCUUCGGCGUCAUUCUAGGAAUCACCGUGACACUCGUUUCGAUGGCCUUUGUUUAUAAUUCCGCCGCCGUUCGUGAUUGGUUUGCCGGAGAUCUCUCAACCACCCUUAAAGAACCCACCCAGCCUAUGUCUUCCACUUCCACUUCCAAGCCCACGCCUUCCACUUCCACUACUUCUGCCGAGGUCAAGGAUGAGUAG